AUGGAGCAAAUGCUGCCGCCAACGGCCAAAACGGCCCGCCCCGACAGCGCCACGACAGUGCCCGUUUUGAGCGCUUUAGCUCGGGCCCCGCUGUACCACGAGGUGAUCGAGGCCCAACAGGAGGACCCGGCUAUCACCAAAGACGUCCUGGAAUGGAGGAGAUUGGCCGAGUUGCCACAACCGACGCAGCCUGAGAAGGAGUUACUGGAUCGACACCGCUUAACAGAGAAAGGAUGGUGGUGCCAGGACACCGCCGGGAUUUGGAGAUUACGAGUGCCUUCAGCAUUGAGAAUUAAGGUCAUCUGGGAACAUCACGACGCCGCAAUAGCCGGUCAUCCGGGAACCGACGAGACGAUACGGGCUAUUAGGGAAAACAUUUUCUGGUCCGGAAUGAACCGGGAGAUUCGCCGAUACGUAGCCGGCUGCCACCUAUGCAUAUGUUGCAAACCAAUAAAAGCGAAGCAUCCCGAUAAUCAACGACCCCGAGCGGCAAAGCGCGCAUGGGAUACGGUCGCAGUCGAUCUCAUGGGCCCGUAUCCCCGAACUAGUCAGGGCCACAGUUACAUUCUGGUGGUAACUGACAUAUUUACCCGCUGGGUAGAAGCUUUUCCUUUGAGGACAGCCGAAGCCCCCAAAAUUACACGGCUCAUGGAGGAGGAGGUCUUCAGUCGCUUCGGAUACCCGCGCAGGGUGCUGAGUGACAACGGGCCCCAAUUCACGGGUCAGGUUUGA